AGGAUGAGAUUAAUGUGUCGGACUAACUUGUCAUUUUAAUGCCUCAUGAACUGGUGAUGGAUUUGUUAGAUGUUUAUGCUUUCUAUGUGAUAUCAUUUUAUUUAGAACAAGUCGGUAGUUCCAAAAUAAAUUGGACUGAAAUGGAGUUUAGAAUUCCUUCCACCUUCUCAUGACGUGUUACAGUCUGUUGUGGUUUUCAACGACAAAUGACAGGGUGUGUGUGAGUGCGUGAGGGGGGUGUUAACAUCCAUCGCCCAUGAUGCAUCGCUGUUACAACAGACCAAGUUCGGCUCACAUGUAGUUUCUGGCUCUGUGGGUCCGUCAUUUGAGGGACGCUGGUGUUAAACCGGGCUGGUUCAGAUUAACUUUGUCUGCAAAUCGGUGGAAGCCCAACCAGGAAGCGCACACACACGCGCGCGCACACAACACACACACGCGCACACACAUCGCAAGCAGCGCCACCGACCGUCCUCCACUCCUCCCCAGCUCUCCCAGUUACGGAGCUCUGCCAUCGCACCAGUCCGACUUCCCCCCUCGCUUCCCCCCGAACCUUCGCUCGACGCCUCCCGGCUGCCAGGAGGAAGUGUGUCGGCGAACCGCUCUGUGAAGAAGCAUGUGAUGACUCACGCAAAGCAGAAAGGUUCCCCCAGGCAGAGCCACAUAGCUGCCGAGUGGUGGGACGGCUCCCCUCUCGGGCCACAUGCUGGCACGAUGGGUGGUGGUGUGGCGGAGCGAUUGUUGAGGUUUGGAAGGACCAAGAAGAUCAGCGUAGUCAAACAAGGGAGAAGGAAAGCCGAGAAGAUGAGCCACAAGAGAGCGCAGGAGCGUGACCUGAAGGUCCCUGGUAUCAAGAAGCGGGACAGGAAGCUGUAUCCUCUGCGAGGGCGUGCUGGGGGCUCAGAGGGAGGCGGUCUCAGCUGCCACGUCCUCCUCACGAGGCUGGAAAGCACCAAGGAAUUGAAAAGUACCCAACAAAAAGAAGUGAAUUUGCUCAACCACAAAUCCAAGAAAGUUAAAAGCAGCCCUCAAGUUGAGGCAACUUCACCCAAAAACAAAUUGAAAUUCACCCCCCCAGUAAAAGGGGCGAGUGUCCUUGAUCUACAACCACGCAAGCGACGGCUUGCCUCCCUGAAUGCUGAGGCAGUGAACAGUCUGCUGCUUGACAGAGCGACUGACCUUCAGCCAGCUGCCAAGCAGGCCAAAAAACAGGAAGAACUAUUGAAUGCUGGUGUUUCUUCAGACGCAGAUCCAACUAGAACUGGCAACUCGGGAGGUCAAAAGACCAACAGAGGAAACACCAAUAAGGGUCCCGGCACGCAGAAACAGGAGCAGUGCCAAAGCUCAAAGCAGGCCAAGAAGACCAAAGCAUGCCGAGUGGAGGAAACACAGGCGGCAAGUCUUAAAAUCUUGGAUGCCCCUGCCCCGAGAAGACUGGCAGGUCUUAAUGCUGCUGCCUUGCUGAAAUUAACCAGCACGUCUGCUACGAGUAAGCAACGUGUGAAGCCUACAGCUACAGUCACAGCAGAAUGUAAGUCCAGAGUGAAACACAAAGAGCGAUCGCAGAAGCGGAACGGCAAAGGCGACUCCCCUCUGCACACUGGCUGCACGGUCUGCAAGAAAAAGGCCGACUUUGAAGACAAGGUGGAGUGGGAGAUUGGCAACUGCACUCACAGGCUCACCAAGCCAGGCUACCAGUCGCGCAGCGUGCUGGGCUAUCCCUUAAAACAAGUGAAGGAAGAGCAGCUGGAGACAGAGCUGAGCCCAUACUACUGCUGUCCACCAGAGGGCUCAGUGGAAUACUGCCAUCGCUUGGCCUUUUUUCUCGGCCAGCAGACUUACGGAGAGUCAAAUGAUCCGGCGCUUAACUCGGCCAUGACUCCCGUGAAACGCGAGUGCCUCGUCACAUCACCGUCCCUGACACAUUCCCACCCGCACACGGCCCUGACCCUCAGUCCCCACCCAUGCCUCUGUACAGCCGAGCACUGCUUCUCCAGCUACUACGUGCACAUCGCCCACCCGACACACACUGGAACAACGUCAGCUAGUCUGGCUUCGCAACCUCUGAACUUUGCCCCACCCAACAUGUGCCCGAACAGGAUGACUGACUCCAAGCUGCUAGGUCCGAGGAUGUCCCACCCUUCAGGGCUCCCUCAUCCUGCGUACUGCAACUCUGUCGGGUCUCCCUGUUACAAUGAAGCGUGCAGCAUCAGUGGGUACACCUACAGGACAAUGCCUCCCGUCAACAGCAGGGGGUGCUCUUUUAGCACAGGAUGCACUGGAUGUACACACGGCAUCAAAACAGAGGGUUACUCUUCCCCUCAGGGCGACCACAGCUCCUCACUCCUCGUCUCCAGCUGCCCUCUCUCCACCGUGCCGACCUCCACCCAAACCAACUCCCACCUGCUGACCCCUGUGUCAGGGCGGGACCAGCCUCAGGCCCGGUUAAAACUGGCCACAGAAUGUCCACAGAGCACCAAACCUUCUAACGGCUCCCUGUCCAGCGGUCGCACACGGCUGUCCCAGAAACAGCCCGCGAAUGUGCCAAGCCUCAGCAGCACCAAACAAAAGAAAGUCAGCCGCAGACGGGCCACCAAUGGCUGGAGGCCCGUCGGAGUUCCCACAGAGAAGGAGGUUUUCAUUGCGGGAGAGGACGAGUCAGCCUUGCGGCAGUGUUACGAAGGAGUGGAGAGGGACGGUGAAGUGAUCCGAGUUAGAGACACGGUUCUGCUGCGAUCUGGCCCCAGGAAGAAGUCCCUCCCUUAUGUCGCCAAGAUUUCGGCUCUAUGGGAAGACCCCAAAACUGGAGAGCUGAUGAUGAGCCUCUUCUGGUACUACCGACCUGAACACACACAGGGAGGCCGAGAUCCCAGCACACACUGUCAGAAUGAGAUUUUCGCCUCUCGACAUCAGGACGAGAACAGCGUGGCCUGCAUAGAGGACAGGUGCUACGUCCUCCCUUUAGCCCAGUACUGUAGAUAUUGUGCCUUGGUGAAGCGCCAUGCCGAAGGCGCCCCACCUGGCGGUGCCAGAAUGGUGCCCUGCUGCUCUGACUUCGCCCCCCCCUCCCACCGCUGCGUGCCCACAGACGUCGACCCGGAGCUGGUGUAUCUAUGCCGGCAUGUCUACGACUUCCGCUACGGACGCAUCCUGAAGAACCUGCAGUAGAAGAGGAGUCCGCCGCCGAAAUCAAUCAUCGCACGGCUCCUCGUCCUGCAUGGACCGAGCUGAAGAAGCAACCACCCCCCGACGUGAGGGGGGCGAGGUUACGGGGGGCGGGAGGGGUGUGUUUGCAGACAGAUGAAGCAAAAAGUGUUUGUGACAAAUGAUGAAGCACAGAUCCCUUUAGUUGACUGAGGAAGGUUUACAAUGGCGCCGACAUUUCCUGGUUUGGAUUAGGAAGUGAGAUUUCAUUCAUCAGCUUCCACCACACUCAGAGGUUACGCGAGAGCCAAGCUUGUGUGCCUCCCCAACCCUCCGUACCUGCCAGGAACACUGAACACCAGGCUCAACUAGGCCGCUGUCAGUGUCCCCUCCGGCGUCUUAGCGCCAGAGUCAUGUUUGUUCCAUUUGUAAGCCAGUGGCUCGGGGAUGGUCCGGUGCGGAGGUGCUGCCGGGAACACAAGCCUGCGCUGUCAGCUCAUUGUUAACGCCGCUCAAGCAGCCGGGCUGAAGGAGCAGCUAAUGGAGAGUGUCGUCUUAUUCCUCCUGAUUUCAGCUUAACUCCGCCAAGUGUGCGAGGGAAAGAGCGAGUGGGAGAGUGAGUGUUGUCACUAUGGAUCACCGUGGACGUGUGCGAUGCUUUUUGAGGAGGCUUUUAGGCAAUCAAACCAAACAAGCAGCUUUAGAGGAAGCCGAGCUCUCUCUCUCUCUUUCACUCUCUCUCUCUCUCCGUCCGUCCUCUCUCCUCGGUGCGCCGACACUGACGGAGAUGUUUUCAUCUCGCGCGGCGCUCUGCACAAUCUAAAUGACUGAACAUGAAAGAGGUUUGUCAGACAGAUCUUUUCUCACCACUUGAGAGCAGGGUUUAUUUAGUUCUCUGGCCAGGACCCAAAAAUGGCUUUUCAAUGAUCUGCCUGUUGGAAUCCUACCUUCCUCCGCGUGAGGCAGCGUCCACACGACCAGGUUUUCUUGCUUGAAUGAGACAAACUGUCGGUGUGGUUUUCUGCCGUCUUGAGCCGUCCACUCAUCACCUCUGACUGACUAAAGUUAUGCUAACACUUCACGCGCUACUCACCCACCUAAAAAAAAGUAGGUCAAUCUGCCGGAGGUGGGUUGAAAUACAUGAGACCUUUCAAAUUUUUCCUGCACCCUGCACACUCUGAUUAAAAACAAAACUACUAAUGAAUUGUGCUGACGUAGUCGCCACAGAAGCUACGGCCCUUUUCUCUAGUUCUAGUAUAGUUACAGUUCGGUAGGAGGAACUUUGUUCUUUCUCUCAUUCUACGUCAUCGAAUUGAUUUACGAGCCCUAUGUUAUGUAAAGUGUGUUAUGGACAAAAAGUUGUUGAAGCUUCAGAAUCUAAAAAGUGACUUAUACUAAUGUGGCAUUUUGUAAUUGAAAUCAUCCUAUGAAAUACUUAUUUAUCCUUAUUUAAGUUGUUUAUAGCUAAUAAAAUCUAUUUAUUGUUUUAUUCUUCUCUUCAAUUCUGAAUCUUCAAAUUCUUAGAAGAUUUGGCUCUAAAAUUCGAGUCAACCUUUUCAUUAUCUCCUUUUCAGGAAAGAUUUAAAUAAGAUGUGCUACCAGGAAGUGGUGGAGAUAUGCAGUUGUUUUUUCUCUAUAUUGGUGCCAACAAUUAUCCACAGCCAUAUCGUAACUGAAUUUAUUUAUCUGUUUUUAGUGAUUUAUUGUCCUUACACCCCCAAAAUACGAGGCUUGUGUGCAGUGAUGCUUGUUCAAAAUUAAAAAAUAAAAAAUCUCAGUCAAGGAUUCUUUUAUUUAUUAUAACCAUAUAGUGUAGUUCUAUUAAAUUCACUUCAAAUUGUCAUAGUGGGGAGAAUAAAAGCAGUCCCUUCUAAAAUAGUACAACCAUCUAACAGUGCAUUCUACUCUCUGCUGACCCCUGUGGCGAGUCCAUUGAACUGUAAAGUUCUUCAGUCAUCUCCGAAACGCAAACCAAAGGGCAUCACAGGAUCCAUCACUUGCUACUGUUCCAUUCUUAUAUUGCACUAAUUCAUUCCUUGAAAGCAACGGUAGACUUUCCUUGCUUGAAUAACUCUGGCUGUGUUAGUGAAGGACGUGCUUAUUCAGCCCCAAAAUCAUGUUCACACUUCCUUGGAAAACGAAUAUAUAAAUGUGUGGUAUGUGUGUAGCACAUUGUUGUUGAUGGUGCUAAGGAAAGGUGAGGACAAGAGUAGCCCCAUGUUAGAUGCAGCGUGUGAGUGGUGAGGCUACAGUUGUGGAGUAUUUAACCUGAAGCCAUCCAAGACUCGGAUCAAGCCUGAUUCUAAUCGUCCUAUUUCUAUGAUUGCCCAGAUUCUUCAAAGAGGUAAUAUAUAUAUAAAUAUAAAGCUAUAUUCUCCUACUUUACGAUUGCUCCUUAUUAAGAAUAUUUUGUUAUGUCAAUUUCCUAAAGUGGCAUAUGCAAUAUUUUUUUAGAAUAUUUUUUAGAAGUGGAACAAAUCCUGAAAAACUUAUUUCCCAGUUUGAAAUUUGACCAAAUGAAAGAAUCACAGAAUGAUGUCAUCACGAGUCGUCUAUUGAGGUGUAUAUAUAUAUAUAUAUAUAUAUAUAUAUAUAUAUAUAUAUAUCUUGAGUUUACUCUAGGAGGCGCUCUUUUUGGAAAGAAAAAAAAAUGCUGAUGCGCAGUGUGUUGGUAUAUUUUGCGAGAGCUGUGGUGAUUUUAUUUAAGAUGCAUAUUUAAGGAAAAUACAAGAUAUAUUGAGAUUUGAAUUUUAACUUAUUUGAAAGUGUUGAUUUGAUGAACUUCUUCCUGUUUAUGUUUGUGCUGCAGGAUAGAGCUUAUUUUGUCAAGUGAUGAGAUAGGUAGGACGAAGUGUUUGGCAAAUGUUCAGGAUCACUGGGAAAUUAUUUGCCAUUUUUUCAAAUGGAACAUUUGGUCGGUUCAGACCAAAAAGGUCACGGUUUGACUCGGGGUUAAGGCAACUCUGGGUUUGGAGUGAACCUGUUGAGAGCCUUUUUCUCCUUGUGCUUCUGUAGGGUAAAUCAUGCUUUGGCCUUGAACAACCGUUACAACAAAACCUCACCUUGUUUUUGAAAUGUGAGCGCCACCUACUUAGCUCUAAGGAUGAGGACACUGUUUCAUGACGCCUCAUUCUCCCAUCACUAGGAAACUUUGGCACGUUUUUGUGAGAUGCUUUGUACGAAAAUCACCCUCAAAGAGACAUGGUCUGUUUACACUCUCAUUUCCAUCAUAAACUGUCCCAGAUAUGUUUUCUGGCUCACAACCUGUUUAAGAUUUUGUCCCCUUUCUGUAAGUGUGUUCGACACCCAUUGCCCUCAGUGUCAGUGGUGUGAGUGGUAGACACAAUUUGAAAAAAGUGGCUACUAAAUGCUAAUUUUUUCAUUUCCAACAUUAACUUCCUGACCUGUCGUGCAACUCAGAUCGGGACUGUUUCCCAGCCACUCAUACACCCAUAUUAUGGCCUUUGUUUUGGGCACCAGAAGCUGUAUUUGGUGGUCUUAAAUCAUUUGGUCAGUUGGUUGAUAGAUAUUUUAAUGGCUUCUUAAAUCAUUUGAUGAAAACUGACCGCAUCACAAAGUCAGUUCAACAGGUUGUUAGUGUGGAUUCAGGUUCCGUAUUUCAGAAGCACCUUUGGCCAUCUUACUGGUCAAAGAUUCAAGGUGUUCUGCACGAUGACAGCACGUCGAAGCGACCAAUGUUUCAGAGAGUGGUCCUUAACUUUUUGCCAAACCUGUAAUUGGUGGUAGAAAAUGUUUAGAGCUUGUAUUAUUCAGGUGGGAAUCAUGAGAGGAGACAGAAACAAUUCAUCAGAUUGGGGUCUCCAAGGCGACACGCAGGGAAACAUCUCUGAAUUAAGCGAAUUCAAAUGUUGAAUUAUUCAAAUCAGUUUUAUCAUGAUGGAGCUCCGAUAUCCCCAGAUCUGCUGGCUUUUCUUCCAGAUGUGUGUCGAUGUUGUGAGGAGAGCUGUCGAGAGCCCCUGCUGGCUGUCCAUCCUAAUAGAUGAGAGUCAGGAGGACGUGGCCUUGAGUGCUCUUCCCCCUCGUGCUGGCCAGCCUUGAAUCAAAGCAUGGACUAGAUUGUAUGUUCUUAUUUAUGUGACUUCAUUUCAUAGCAGCUUUGCAUGCACUUAGUGGCAGAACCACCAUGACUCUCAGGCCGGGCCAGCACUCAGGAGAGGACGGCGUUGAUCACUCCACAAGGUCAAACCCAUGAGAUUCAGCUUCCUGUGGUCUGUAGAUGCUUAAUGUUGACAUAUAUUUUGAUAUAUUUGGAGACAGCGGGGAAUAAAGCUAGUUAUUUUUUGGAGUAGAGAAGCAAUGUGUGUAUGAUAUUGUCACUUUGUCAUGCUCUCUGAAAUGAUCUUGAUUUUUUUUUUUGAAGGCUUAUAUAACAUACCUACUGAUCUAUUGUUUAUGGAAAGAAUAUUUAUAAAUUUGAAGUUCUUUGUGAGAAAACCUGUGUGUGUGUGUUUGAUUGACCGAACUUGCUGUCGGAUCAGUACAUAAUUUGGAAGCACAUAUUGAAAUAAUAACUCUUAUAAAUGUGAAUUUGAAAUACAUGUAUCAGUAAUUAUAAUUAUUAAUGAGGUCAAACAGAAAUGAAUAAAUAUAGAUAAUAAAAUGGUCUGGUUAUUCGAUUUUUGUAUAAUUUCAUUUUAAAUAAAUAUACACAUAAAUAAAAAGGAACCAAAAAAUGGAAAAGUAGUGGAAAAUAAUUGAAUAAAUAUCCCACCUAAUGGGUAAAAUGAAAAUAUAUAAAUAUACAUAAAUAUAAAAUGUGUAAAUUAUGUUAAUGUAUUGAAAUGUGUACAAUACAUUAAAUUAAAAAAUUGCUCACAGAAGGGAAAGUCACUCCUCUGCAUACCAGCAUUGUUGCAUUUAGGGUUACAUGACUGCUUGGAAAACCUACAGGAUAAAUAAACAUUAGCUCUGAAAAUAAAAAAUAAGAAAUAAGUGCCUUGUAAAAAAAAAAUAAUUUUAGAGAAACAGAAAAUUGUUAAAAGAAAAAAAAAGGCCAAUGACCGAUCCCAAAUACAAAACUGGUAAAUUAAAUUAACAUAAUGAAAGGGAUAAAGGUGAUUUAUCAGCACAAAAUCAAAUUAUAAACAU